CUUCCGGUCGGCCAGGCCGGGCCUCGGGGGAGCCGGACAAGAUGGCGGCGGCUUUCAGGAAGGCGGCCAAGUCCCGGCAGCGGGAGCAUCGGGAGCGGAGCCAGCCCAGCUUUCGAAAACAUCUGGGUUUUCUGGAGAAAAAGAAAGACUACAAGCUCCGUGCCGAUGACUACCAUAAGAAACAGGAACAGCUCAAGGCUCUGCGGACAAAAGCCCUGGAAAGAAAUCCUGAUGAGUUCUACUAUAGAAUGACUCGAUCUCAACUCCAGGAUGGAGUUCAUGUUACUAAGCGUAAUGAGGAGGAGGUAACUGAAGAGCAACUGAAGAUCAUGCGGACUCAGGAUCUCAAAUACGUGGAAAUGAAAAGAGUGGCAGAAGCCAAGAAAAUCGAAAGGCUAAAAUCAGAGCUCCAUCUGCUGGAUGCCACGAGGGAGCAUCCGAACAAGCACGUGUUCUUUUUUGACACCAAAAAAGAAGUUAAGCAGUUUGAUCUUGCCACUCACCUGCAAACAGCCCCGGAACUAGUAGGCAGAGUUUAUAAUCGACCCACGUUAGAAACUCUGCAGAAGGAAAAAGUAAAAGGAGCUACCAGCCAGCUUCAGCUAAUGAGGUUAACCAAGAAAAGGAAGAGACAAUACAACCUCCUGGAGCAGCGUAUCAAGAGAGAAGAGGAAUUGUUUGUCAUGGCCCAGAAAAUCCAGACACGCAAAGACCUGAUGGAUAAAAACUCCCGAGUGAAAGUGAAGAAAGAAACUACCAAAUCCGCAGCCAUUUACAAAUUUAAAAGUCAAAGAAAGCGUUAAUUUAGCUCUGUGGUCGCCUCGACUGUGCGGUCAUCCCUUCUGACAAACUAUUAAAUUUAUUAUUUAAAAAAAA